AUGCACUUCCACCGUCUCCUGGUCUUGGCCGCCGGGCUCCUGACAACGGCAACAUCAGCACCCACCGAACUCUUCAAACGCGAUGCCGCAGGCGUAGUAGAUGCUGUGGCAGAGAUCGCUGACAAAAUGACGACCCUAAAUACCACAGUCACGGGUUACCAAGGCGGAGUGCUCGGAACCGGAACAGCCCUGAAGAUUGAGUUCCAGUCCAUCCAACUCAGCCACGCCCUGAAAGAUGCCAUCUCGACCACUGAAGAUUCCCAAAACUUCACCGGCGAUGAGUCCAAUAAGGUUGCCGCUGCUUUUAUUGAUCUGCAACCCAAGAUCUCUUCAACUCUCAAUAACAUUGUCUCCAAGAAACCUCAGUUCGACACAGGGCUCCUCGGCAUCGGGUCCGUCUCAUUCUUGGUCAAGUGGAACUUGCAACAGGAGAAGGACUUGUCGGCGGACUUGGGGCAGGCUGUUGUUGCUAAGCUGGCGGAGCCGGGAGCUUUGCAGAGGUGGCCUCCUUCUGGCAUAUUCUGA